GAAGGACAUGAAGCUGAAUCACUACAGCUUUUCGAUUUCCUGGCCAAGGAUCAUUCCCAGCGGAAUUAAGUCUGACAAAGUCAAUGAGAAGGGAAUACAGCACUACGACAAUCUUAUCAACUUUCUCUUAGAGAAUCGCAUCACCCCUAUUGUCACCCUAUAUCACUGGGACUUGCCUCAUGCUCUUGAGGAUAAAUAUGGCGGAUGGCAGAACAGCAGCAUGGUCAAUUUUUUUAAUGACUACACCAGCCUGUGCUUUGAGAGAUUUGGGAAUCGUGUGAAAUACUGGAUCACUUUCAACGACCCAUGGUCGAUGGCUGUCGAGGGCUAUGAGUCUGGCGAGCAUGCUCCUGGACUGAGACUGAAGGGCACUGGUGCCUACAAGGCUGCCCACAACAUCAUUAAGGCACAUGCUGCAGUUUGGCACACUUACGACACCCAGUGGCGAGAUACGCAGAAAGGCAUGGUGGGGAUUUCUCUGUCUACUCACUGGGGAGAGCCUGUGGACAUCAUGAAUGACAUGGACAUCGAAGCAGCAGACAGAUACAUGCAGUUCAACCUGGGCUGGUUUGCCACACCUCUUUUCAAUGGAGAUUAUCCUCAAGUGAUGAAAGAAUAUGUGGCCAGAAAGAGCACACGGCAGGGUCUUGGUGACUCCCGCCUUCCUUCGUUCCUCCCGCAGGAGAAGAGCUACAUCAAAGGCACCUGUGACUUCCUGGGCAUUGGGCACUUCACCACGCGUUACAUCACAGAAAAGAACUACCCUUCGAGCCGCUCCAGCAGCUACUUCACCGACAGCGACCUGGCAGAGCUAGUGGACCCACAGUGGCCCAAUGCUGGUUCCGAAUGGCUCUACUCAGUGCCUUGGGGUUUCCGUCAACUGCUCAACUUCGUGAAGUCCCAGUAUGGAAACCCUAUGAUAUAUGUGACUGAAAAUGGUGCUUUAGAGAAAAUGGUGUGCACAGAUCUCUGUGAUGAAUGGAGAAUGCUGUACUUAAGGGAUUAUAUUAAUGAAAUACUUAAAGCGAUUAAUGAUGGGGUGAAUGUGAAAGGAUACACAGUGUGGUCCCUGCUUGACAAGUUUGAAUGGGAUGAGGGCUACUCAGAAAGAUUUGGCCUGUACUACGUGGACUUCAGAAGCAAAAACAAGACUCGUUACCCAAAAGCUUCAGUUCAGUACUACAAACACAUCAUCAACUCUAAUGGCUUCCCCAGUCAGAGAGAGAUUGAGAGCUGGAAAAGGAAAGCAACAGAGAUGUGUAUAUCCAGUAACCAGCUUCUAGCAGCAGCAUUUCAAGGACUUGCUUGUCAAGCUCUCCCUAAAAAGAUCCACUGACCAGCCACAUGGAGAUGGUGACAGAGAUUAUGGUCCCCAUCGUGGGCACCCUCUGCAUUCUG